CCUAAGAACAAACAAAAACUACAUACUUAAAACUGACUUCUCCUUGUAUUUGUAUAUUUUGAAAAAGCGACAUCAUCACUAAUUCCACUGUUGUAUGGUUCACUUUGGCAUGGAAGAAUCGGCAUGUUACCAAUCGCGGUGCAAAAUGCCACCAAAGCCCUCCGGUUGAAUACGCGCCCAAGAGCUUCAGCUUCGAUAGAACCAGCUCGUGCAUUGCUUUCGUCACCAGCGACUCCGAGGCUCGUAGUCAUUGACCAGAACAAUUUCAAUCCCAAAUCCAUCUUCAACAGACCGAGUAGACGAUGGACACACUCAGCGAAAUGGAGACCAGUCCAAGUCCUGGAUGACUGGGUAGCCAAAGAAGCCCGACCGAUCAGUCUGCGACAACUCAUGGUAUUCGGGCGUUCCCUAACAGAAGCGCGACUCAUCAGCUCCGCGAACUACGUCCGAACCGAGCUUCCUACCCGAAUCGCCCACCGCAUCCGCGACAUGCAACGUCUACCCUACGUAGUCGUAACGAACCCACACAUCAGCGACGUAUACGAGUUGUACUAUACCGCCUUCGACAGCUUCCGGCGCGUUAAAGAGAUCAAGACGCUCGAUGACAAUGAACGUCUUUGUAGGGAGAUAGCCAAGAUGCUGCGCGCCCACUUGACCGUAAUCCCCAAGCUGGCGAUGGGCAUCCUGGAAUGUAGCGGAUUGAUGCCAGCCGCUGAGCUGGACCAAUUCAUGAACACCAUAUUACGAUCCCGUAUAUCCCGUAGAGUCAUCGCAGAGCAACACCUCGCUCUAACCGAGACAUUCAACUCGCACUGGUUCUCCCCCGGAGCUAAGCUCUCAGAGUCCGAAUUCAUCGGCGAGGUAUUCAUAAAAUGCAUGGCGAAAGACGUAAUCGACCACUGCGCCAAAGCCGUGCAGGACCUCGCGCGCUCCGACAACGGUCCCGACACCAAAGUCCCAGAGAUCAGAGUCAACGGCCACUUAGACGCCUCGUUCCCAUAUAUCCUCAGCCACCUCGAGUACAUCAUCGGAGAACUCCUCCGCAACUCCGUCCAAGCCGUUAUCGAAAAACACCAACAACAGGGUUCGGCAGCUCAACCCCCACCCAUCGAAGUCACUGUCUGCGAGGCCCAGCAACACGUCAUAAUCCGUAUCUCAGACCAAGGCGGCGGCGUCCCCCGCGACGUCGUGCCCUACCUAUGGUCCUUCGGCAAAGGACCCCUCAAGAACCAGCGUCUAGAAAACCUAGGUCAAGUCCCAUUCAUGGCUGCCACGCUCCAAGAACUCCGCGUCGACGACAAGAACCUCGCUGCUCUGCAGGCCCAUAACAGAUCCGGCGUCGGAGCCCACGAUAGUUCACUCUCCUCGUUAUCUCUGCGUCCGCCUAACCUUCGUCUCGGCAUGGGCCUGCCAUUAAGCCGUGUCUAUGCCGAGUACUGGGCCGGCAGCCUGGAGCUACAUAGUCUCGAGGGAUAUGGUGUCGAUGCUUUCCUACAAAUUUCAAAACUAGGAAACAAGAAUGAGCAAUUAACUACGAGAGCGACGAUGGAUGCAGUCUAACGACUGAGACAAAUUAUUAAGCCGCUUACUAUAAUUGCAUUUUCGAAUUAGUCGGUAUGACUUCAAUGGCGUACAUGUUUUGCAUUGGAGGAGCCUUGUUGGCUCGGUGUAAUUAUACUUGUGGGAACUAAUGGUCACGGAGUAAACGAAGAAAUGUCUUGGCUUGUUACUGGUAUCAUAGAAACUUGCGAUUACAUCGUAAACUAAACCUAACUGAUCUGUAGAAACGGAGAUGCACAAUCGACCUCCAAAAAAAGGGAGAAUAUUUUGAUAUCGUAGGUGAACCCCCAUACACGCCUAU